AUGUCUGGGACUGCGGUAUCUUCUGAGAAGUCGGCAAAUGUGAGACUACACUCGCAGGUGGAAGAGGAUGAACGGAUGGACGGUGGAAGCUCCUCAUCAGAUGAUGACUAUGGCCCUGCCCUUCCGUCUGGCCCACAGAAAAAGAAAAAGCGGAGAGAACUGCCUUAUGAGAAGCUCUACAUCAAGGCAUUACCAGCGUCUCCACGAUACUCCAGAUCGCUGAUGCACCGUGACCAGCUGGCCUACGUGACUGUGACACCACAUACAGAUUUUAUCAUUACAAGCUCGAUCGAUGGCGUGGUCAAGUUUUGGAAGAAAAUGGCUGUUGGUAUGGAGUUCGUGAAAGAGUUCCGUGCUCAUAUCGGCGAGAUACAAGGUGUCAGUGUAACUUCGGACGGACGAAGUUUUGCAACCAUUGGAGCGGAUAAGACUCUAAAAGUAUUUGACGUGAUAACUUUUGACCUUCUGUCCGUCAUUAACCUUGGGUUUACCCCUAGCUGUGUGUGCUGGGUACAUCGGCGAGGAGCAUCUUUACCUUUAUUAGCGGUAGCAAGCGAGGAAGAUAAUGCGAUUUUAAUAUUCGAUGGACGAUGCGAGAAAACAAUUCCCCUUCACACAUUACGUUCAGUGCACAGAGCACCAGUCAUAACCAUGGCCUUUAACAACGCAUACAACUGCGUAAUAUCUGUUGAUAAUAAAGGGUUGGUAGAAUAUUGGCGCCCAGAUGACCCGUUUGACCAACCGGAAGGUGUUUUCGACUUGAAAUCGUCGACAGAUCUCUUCAUAUUCAAGAAAUCGGGGUCAUUGCCUUCGUCAAUUACAAUCUCACCGUCUGGCCACCAAUUUGCAACAUUCUCCUUCCCGGACAGACAAGUUCGCGUUUUUGAUUUCGCCUCUGGGAAGCUGUACCGAUCAUAUGAUGAGUCCAUUCAAACCGUGACGGAGAUGCAACAAGCUGGAACUGCUAUUCAGAAACUAGAGGAAGUCGAGUUUGGCCGUCGACUAGCUACAGAACGUGAACUUGGGAAUCCUGCCACUUUCCCUAAAGUUAACGUGAUAUUUGACGAGUCCGGCCAUUUUAUAUUAUACGGCUCUAUACUGGGCGUUAAGUGUAUAAAUACAUUUACGAAUAGGGUCAUAAAAGUCUUUGGAAAAGACGAGCCGUUAAGGGCUCUAAACCUUGCGAUCUAUCAAGGCCAGCCACAGAAGAAAGGAGUUGUGACUUUGUCUAUGGCUGCCAGUUCUAACCCAUUGCUUCAAGAGGCUGAAGAGCGUGACCCGAUACUUAUAUGUACUGGAUUUGCCAAAGUCCGGUUCUACCUCUAUACCAACGAAACGGAAAUAUCGAAAUCAACUCGAGAUGUCCAGAAUGAGAAGCCUAUUCACGAUAAAAGUGCCACAGAAGCAGCCGCAGCUGCAAAGCCCGCAGAAAUAGGGACAUCGGCAAUCUUGCACACAACACUUGGGGACAUUCAUCUCCGACUGUUCCCUUCUGUUGCUCCAAAGACGGUCGAGAACUUUGUGACUCACUCAAAAAAUGGGUAUUACAACAAUACCAUCUUCCACCGUGUUAUUCGCAAGUUCAUGAUUCAAGCUGGCGACCCGCUUGGGGAUGGGACAGGAGGAGAGUCCAUUUGGGGAGGAGAAUUUGAAGAUGAAUUCUCGUCUCUUAAACAUGACAAGCCGUAUACCCUUUCUAUGGCCAAUGCCGGCCCAAAUACGAAUGCGAGUCAGUUUUUCAUAACUACAGAGAAAGCACCAUGGUUAGAUGGGCAUCAUACCAUCUUUGGUCGGGCAGUGAAGGGCCUUGACGUGGUGCAUAAAAUUGAGAAUGUUAAGACGCACAAGGAGAAACCUGAAGAAGAUGUGAAGAUCGUUAGCAUCAGUAUUAAUUAG